GAAACGAUCAAAAAUAGCCGACUACUACUGCCUCCUCCUCCACCCUCAAAUAUAGAGAGAGAAAGAAAGACAUAUACAGACAUAUAGAGAGACAGAGAGAGAAACAGAGUCGCAGAAAUGGCGCUCUGCUAUCGCUCUGCACAUUGUUUUUGGUGAGAGAGAGAGAGAGAUUGGUGUUUUUUCUAGAGAGAGAGAGAGAGAGAGGGAGGAGAUGCAGAAGCGGAGGUGGAGGUGGAGGUGGAGGACGUUGGGAAUACUGAGGAAGUUGCUAUCGUGCGCCAUAGGUUCAAUAGGUCUACUGGCUCUGCUCUAUGCUCAUGUACGACCAUUCUUUUCUUCCCAAGUGACCAAGUUACCUGACCUUUACAAGCCUCUCAUGCAACAAGAAAUUGGAAUGGUGGGAGGAGAGCAAAGCUGGAUUGUAGAAUUGGUGCCUCCCCAUUUGCCAAGAGCUCCUCUACCUCCUAGCAAGUUGGAUGUUGCAAGUGGGAUUUUGGAUUUCGACAAGCUAUGGAAGCCGCCUUCAAAUCGAGAUUAUGUGCCCUGUGUCGAGCCAAGUUCAAACUACACAACUUCUGGAGGGUCUCAAGGUUACCUUCUUGUUCAUACAAAUGGUGGAUUAAAUCAGAUGCGAGCUGGGAUAUGUGACAUGGUUGCUGUUGCCCGAAUUAUAAAUGCUACUCUUGUAAUUCCAGAACUUGAUAAACGGUCAUUUUGGCAGGACACUAGCAAUUUUUCUGAUGUAUUCGAUCAAGAUCAUUUUAUUAGUUCCUUGGCUAAUGAUGUAAAGGUCAUUAGAAAACUUCCGAAGGAACUGGCAAAUGCAACUAGAGCAGUUAAGCACUUUAGAAGCUGGUCUGGUAUUGAUUAUUACCAGGAUGAGAUUGCUAGCAUGUGGGCAGAUUAUCAGGUUAUUCGAGCAGCUAAGUCUGAUUCUCGCUUGGCAAACAAUAAUCUGCCUCCCAACAUUCAGAAGCUGCGCUGUCGUGCUUGUUAUGAAGCCCUACGUUUUUCACCACGCAUUGAAGCAAUGGGAAAAUUGUUGGUGGAUCGGAUGAGGUCUUAUGGUCCAUAUAUUGCUUUGCAUUUACGAUAUGAAAAGGACAUGCUUGCCUUCAGUGGAUGCACACAUGAUUUAUCACCAGAGGAGGCUGAUGAAUUGAAGAUUAUCAGGGAGAACACUGUGUAUUGGAAAGUAAAGGAUAUCAAUUCUACCGAACAGAGAGCCAAAGGAUAUUGCCCCUUGACUCCAAAGGAGGUUGGAAUAUUCCUUGCUGCUUUGGGAUUCCCAUCAAGCACCCCCAUAUAUAUCGCUGCUGGAGAGAUAUAUGGGGGUGAUUCUCGUAUGGCUGAUCUGCAAUUGCGCUAUCCCUUAAUAAUGAACAAGGAAAAACUGGCAUCAGCAGACGAGCUGGAGCCUUUUAUCAACCAUGCAUCUCAAAUGGCUGCUCUGGACUACAUUGUAUCAGUUCAGAGUGAUAUAUUUAUUCCCUCCUACUCUGGAAACAUGGCAAGGGCAGUUGAAGGUCAUCGUCGUUUCCUGGGACAUAGGAAAACUAUUUCUCCUGACAGGAAAGCCCUUGUCCACCUUUUUCGCAAAAUAGAGCAGGGAAGACUGAAAGAAGGCAAAAAGCUUUCCACUCGUGUUAUUGAAAUCCACAAAAGACGGCAAGGGUCCCCCAGGAAGAGAAAAGGCCCCAUUUCAGGGACAAAGGGCAUGGAUAGGUUUCGCUCAGAAGAAGCAUUCUAUGUGAACCCCUUACCAGAUUGUUUAUGUCAAAAGGAAUCUUUAUCAAGUAUGAAUGCCUCUUUUAUUAUCAGGUAGAUAAGAGUAGCUGAACAAAUUCCUCUGCAACAAAAUCCCCCCCCGGCCAGUGGAUUGGUGGCUGUUCAAUUCUUGUAAGUGCACGGAAUGUUCAUAUCCCAAGAGUAAGGCUUCUGGGUGAAUACCUCUGGGUGAGAAAUAUGAUGCAUUUAGGCUGGGGAAGGAGGAUGACUGUUUUACUGAAAGCAAGGAUUGUCCUUCCAUUAUGAAGGCAGAUAGAUUAUUAGAGUGCAAAGUCGAUGAAGUUGCAAGAGUAGUUGGCACAUACGAUACUAUAUUAGUGCUAUUGUUAGAAUGACAGUGUGCUCUGUUGAUGUAAUCAAUUACAUUAUUCAUGGGCAUUCAAUGCAAUAAAAGGGAGGGAGAAUUGAUUCUUUUCCCUUCAUUUUUUGGGGACA